GCUGAUAGCAAGGCCCCUCAAUGGACUGGAAUGUUUGACAGACGUAUUUUCGAGGCGGCACAGUAAACAUUGCUUGCCGUGUUCGCUUGUCAAGCUGGGUAACACGUGUCUUGUAGGAGGCGUAGUGUCGACCGAUCAGGGAAGCCUUGUAAGUGUCGACAGGAAGAGCGAGGACCCGAGUACCGGCAGCGCCACCAUGUCACGCCCGGUCGUUACGAAAACCGAAUCUCAGGGAGCGGAGGAGAUGCUGUCUCUCCUCCGGCAGAGUCUCCGGUCGUGCAAGACGCCCGGAGAGACCAACUUCGAGGGCUCGGCGCCGCACAUCUUCGUGGUGCUGGGCGCAUCGGGCGACCUGGCCAAGAAGAAGAUCUACCCGACGCUGUGGUGGCUGUUCCGCGACCGCCUGGUGCCGGAGAACACCAUGUUCGUGGGCUACGCGCGGUCGGGGCUGACGGUGGCGCAGCUGAAGGAGAAGUGCCAGCCGUACAUGAAGGUGAAGGAUUGCGAGCAGGAGCGCUACGAGGAGUUCUGGGGCGUGAACCACUACGUGCAGGGCUCGUACGACACCCGCAGGGACUUCGAGCUGCUGGACCAGGAGAUGCAGAAGGUGGGCACCGCCAGGGCCAACCGCAUCUUCUACCUGGCGCUGCCCCCGUCCGUGUUCGACGUGGUGACCACCAACCUGAAGGGGUGCUGCAUGGCCAGCCAGGGGUGGACGCGCAUCAUCAUCGAGAAGCCGUUCGGGAAGGACUCGGAUUCGUCGGCCAAGCUGUCGAACCACCUGGCGGCGCUGUUCAAGGAGGAGGAGCUGUACCGCAUCGACCACUACCUCGGCAAGGAGAUGGUGCAGAACCUCAUGACGCUCAGAUUCGGCAACCGCAUCUUCGGGCCGACGUGGAACCGAGACAACAUCGCGUCGGUGUUCAUCUCGUUCAAGGAGCCCUUCGGCACUCAGGGGCGCGGCGGAUACUUCGACGAGUUCGGGAUCAUCCGCGACGUCAUGCAGAACCACCUGCUGCAGAUCCUGUGCCUGGUGGCGAUGGAGAAGCCCUGCUCCACCGCCGCCGACGAUAUCCGCGACGAGAAGGAAAGGCCCUGAACGAGCGGAAGGCGGAGGUGAGAAUCCAGUACAGAGAUGUUCCAGGCGACAUCUUCCACGGCCAGAGCAAGCGCAACGAGCUCGUUAUCCGCGUGCAGCCAGGAGAAGCCAUCUACUCGAAGGUCAUGACCAAGACGCCAGGCAUGUCGUUUGCCCUUGAGGAGACGGAGUUGGACCUGACCUACAGCCAGCGUUACAAGGGGUCUAAGCUGCCAGAUGCUUACGAGCGCCUCAUCCUCGAUGUCUUCUGUGGAUCCCAGAUGCAUUUCGUCAGGAGUGAUGAGCUGGCAGAGGCAUGGCGUAUCUUCACACCCCUCUUGCACGAGAUAGAAGCCAAGAAGCCAACACCCAUCCCUUACAAGUACGGCUCCCGAGGCCCUGAUGAGGCAGAUGCAAAGUUGGCCGCAAGCAACUUCAAGUAUUACGGCUCCUACAAGUGGACCCAACCCAGUCAGUUGUAAAAGAGGCAGGCAGUCACUGCAAUCUCAAUAAAAAGUUUAUCUGGGUCUGGAGGACAAGUAUGAAUAAUGAUGUGUUGAAAUCUCAGAGCAGAUGAGGUUUCUUGUGGUUACAGGAAUCAAGACUAAGAGUCACUUAUAUUCCUCUUUAAUCUUAUUCAUAUUAGACCAGAGGGGAGUGAUGUCCUCUGUAACAGGACUGUUUAAUAUAGUUAAGGAAGGGUGUUUCUUUCAUAAUGUUAUCAGUAUUUAUUAUAACAGAUUUAAGCAUAGAUAAAAAAGGCCCCAAAAAGUUAUAUUUUGAUAUAAAUUUCAAAUAAAUUUGCAACUGUAAUUCUCAGCUUUACAUUCCAAGGUAUCUUUAGGAAUUUUAUAUGAAUAUACAUAUAUUGUAUAUAUUAUUUAGUCAUUAGCCUGGUGAAAUUUUCCUUUUUAAAUGUCUCUUAUUUGUACACUUUUUGAUGUCGGUCGGUUCUCGGGCAGAUGCCAGGGAAUUUUGAUACCAGAUGUAUUAUAUUUUGUAUUAAAGUUAUUUGUCAAUGG